CUCGUUGGUGGUGAUGUCGUGAAGAUUUAUAGAUCGUUUUGGUUUCACUUGGAUUUGGACACGUGUAUCAGAGAAUUUGUUGCUAUGUUACUAUUAUUAUGAGUGACAACAAAUGGCUUCGUGUGUGAUUACUGUUUCCGCGUUCCCCUUUUCAUUGGAAAAUAUUCCAAGACGGACAAGUUUUGCUUGUUUAUCACUUAAAUUUGGGAGUGUUUUAUCUGCUUUGAUUUUAAUUCUAUAUUCCAUCUUCGGCCUGGCAUCAUGCCUGGCGGCUCUGAACGUUCUCCCGUCACACUGGUCCCUGCAAGACACCGAUGUAAUUUUCUCUUACGCCGUUAUAGUAAUCGUCGCUAUCGUUCAUGCGAUAGCACUGUUCCUGAGCACUCUUAUGAUGAUAGGAGUCCUGAAGGAAAAAGCUAAUCUCAUCAAGCCCUGGGUGAUUCUGACAUCGCUGCAGGUGUUAGUGGAUGUCCUGAUCUUUGUCUUCUGGACCACACUCAGUAUGAUACAUCACUACGGUGACGGAGACCUGCUCAUGUUUGUUCUGGAAUUUAUGGGACUCAUGAUAAGAUUCUACAUGCUGAUGAUAGUGUCCAGCUAUUAUAAAAAAUUAGACGAGGCGACCUCUGAGGAAGUUCAGAAGUUAAGAAAUAUCACCAACCACGAGAGCUGGUAUAACGCAGCUUAGAUGAUUUAUAUAUUUUUGUUUUGUAAGAAAUACAAUAUAUAUUUUCUUAUAA